AUGCCGCCAAAGAAGAAGAAUAACAAGAAGGCCGACGACUGGGAGUCCGAGCUGGGCGAACCAGUUGCCACCCCCCCACAGAAGCAGGACCCCAUCGAUGCGCCGCCCGCCGAGGUAGACGCCGAGGAGGAAUUCCCGGCAGGUGGGCUGAUGGCCAUGAUGCGGAAGCGCAACAAGAAGAAGAAGGCUGGGCAGCAAGACGAUCCUGCCGAAGGCAAGGUCCCUGCUGCUGAAGAGGCCGAUCUGAUCGAAAAGGCUGCUGUGGAGGCUUCCAUAGAGGAUGAAUUCGCAUUGCCGGAUAAGAAGGGGAAGGGAAAGGCUGCGCCGGCCAAGGGUGCGAAUGAGGACGAGGACGAUGAGAGAGGAGUUGACGGCAAGGUGCUCACAAAGGCGCAAAAGGAAAAGUUGAAGAAGGAGCGCGAGAAGCAAAGAAAGAAGGAGAACGCUGCGAAAAAGAAGACUCCUGGUGCUGCUGCCGCCAAGGUCCCCGAAGCUGCCAGGUCAACUCCCGAUGCGAAGGUAGAAGAGCCGAUGACAACAGCCAAAGCCCCGGCCGGUGGAAAAGGCAAGAAGCUCCCUGCCGCUCUAGCCAAGCUCCAGGCUCAACAAGAGGAGCUGAGGAGGCGUGAGGAAGAUAGGGCCAGAAUUGCGGCAGAGGAGAAGGCUCGCAUCGAGGAGGAGGAGAGACUCGAAGCAGAAGAGGAGAAGCGAAGAGAGGAGGCUAAAGCUUUGAAAAAGCAGAGAGAAAAGGAACGAAUAGAGCAGCAGAAGAAAGAUGGCACAUAUCUUACUAAAGCCCAGAGGGAGGAGAAGUUGCGGAAUGAAAUGAAGUUAAAGCAGAUGAUUGCGGCAGGUGUCAAGGUUGGCGGUCCUGAUGGGGGGGAGAAGAAGAAAGCUGUCUAUGACAAGAGAAAGAAGGGCGGACGCAAAAACCCUGAAGAAGCGAAGCUGGAAGAGGAAAAGGCACUCGCCGAGGCUGCCGAGCGAGCACGAAACGAAGCCGAGAAGAAGCUUGCAGAAGCUGCUGCAAAGGCUGAAAAGGAAGCUGCAGAGGCUGCUGCUGCCAAGAAGGAUGAAGAAAGUGAGCUGGAUGAAGACUGGGAAGUUGCCGCUGCUGAGUCUGAGGACGAUGUGAAAGAUGACUGGGACGCCGAUUCCGAGGAAGAGCGAGAGAAAGCCGCUGCUAAGAAAGCUGCUGCUGCCGAGUCCAAGUCUCUUCCUUCGCGUGGGAAGAAAUCUCAGGAGUCUGAAUCCGAGUCGCAGUCCGAUUCCGAGGACGAGGAGUCUUCAGAGGACGAAGAAGCCACAGCCGCUCAAGCUGCUGCCUUGCAGAAGAAGAGAGAGGCCCAUGAGAGACGUGAGCAGGCACACGCAGCAGCUAUGGCAGCUCGUUCUGCAGACAACCUUCGAUCCCCUAUCUGCUGUAUUCUCGGACACGUCGAUACCGGAAAGACGAAAUUGCUCGACAAAAUCCGACAAACCAAUGUUCAAGAAGGAGAAGCAGGAGGUAUCACCCAACAGAUAGGUGCAACUUAUUUUCCUGUUGAGGCAAUCCGACAGAAAACCCAGGUUGUCAACCGUGACAACAACUUCGAGUUCAAGGUACCCGGACUACUGAUCAUCGAUACCCCUGGUCACGAGUCUUUCUCAAAUUUGAGAUCCCGUGGAUCCUCUCUCUGUAACAUCGCCAUUCUGGUUGUCGAUAUCAUGCACGGACUGGAACCGCAGACCUUAGAAUCUAUGAAACUACUCCGUGACAGAAAGACUCCCUUCAUUGUUGCGCUCAACAAGAUUGAUCGUCUGUACGGCUGGAAAAAGGUUGACAACAAUGGUUUCCAAGAGAGCUUGGCCUUGCAGAACAAGGGCGUCCAGAACGAAUUUGCCAAACGCUUAACCGAUACCAAAGUCGCCUUUGCGGAGCAAGGGUUUAACUCUGAGCUAUACUAUGAGAAUAAGUCCAUGGCCAAAUUUGUCUCCUUAGUGCCAACAUCUGCUCACACUGGUGAGGGUAUCCCCGACAUGCUCAAGUUGAUUCUUCAACUCACUCAGGAGAGAAUGGUUGGGUCUCUCAUGUAUCUCUCCGAAGUUCAGGCAACGGUUCUGGAAGUCAAGGCAAUCGAAGGUUUCGGCAUGACAAUCGAUGUUAUUCUGUCAAACGGAAUCCUUAGAGAAGGCGACCGAAUCGUGCUCUGUGGAGUGGAGGGUGCGAUUACAACAAAUAUCCGAGCUCUACUAACCCCUGCGGCAAUGAAAGAAUUACGUCUGAAGUCACAAUACGUCCACAACAAGGAGGUCAAGGCCGCUCUCGGUGUCAAGAUUAGUGCGCCAGGCCUCGAAGGCGCCAUUGCUGGUUCGAGAUUGAUGGUUGUUGGUCCUGAUGACGACGAGUCUGACAUCGAGGAGGAGGUACUGUCUGAUCUCGGAGCUCUCUUCAAGCGUGUCGAGAAAUCGGGCAAGGGUGUUACCGUGCAGGCAUCCACCCUCGGAUCGCUUGAGGCCCUUCUCGAUUUCUUGAAAGUAUCCAAGAUUCCCGUAGCCAACGUUGGGAUCGGUCCAGUCUUCAAGCGCGAUGUUAUGAACUGUGGAAUCAUGCUCGAAAAGAACAAGGAGUUCGCCGUCAUGCUUUGCUUCGAUGUUAAGAUUGAUAAGGAGGCCCAAUCUUAUGCCGAUGAAGUUGGUAUCAAGAUCUUUACUGCAGAUAUCAUCUACCAUCUCUUCGACCAGUUCACUGCGCACAUGGCUGCUAUCGCUGAGAAGAGGAAGGAGGAUUCCAAGCUUGACGCAGUUUUCCCUUGUGUUCUGUCCACAGUCGCUGUGUUCAACAAGACGGGCCCUAUUAUUGUGGGUGUUGAUGUUGCCGAAGGCAAUCUCCGAAUGCACACACCUAUUGCUGCCGUCAGACAAAACGCAGUUACUAAUGCCAAGGAGAUCGUCGCCAUCGGAAGAGUUACGAGCAUUGAGCGUGAUCACAAGCAGAUCCAGAUCUGCAAGAAGGGACAACCAUCCGUCGCUGUCAAGAUCGAGAUGGGUGGCCACCAGCCUACAUACGGUAGACAACUUGAAGAGAAAGACACACUGUACUCCCUCAUCUCGAGAAAGAGUAUCGAUGUGCUCAAGGAGUUCUACCGGUCGGAUGUGUCAAAUGAGGAGUGGCUGCUGAUCAAAAAGCUAAAGCCCUUGUUUGAUAUUCCUUGA